GUAUAAAAAGCCGAGGCAGUCGCAGGCUCUCCGGUAGCCCGAGGUACCAACGGAUCAGCAGAUCAAUCAACCAAUCCACUUCGCCCUUUGCUUCGACAGGCUCACGGCGGCGCAUAUUACACGCACAAGCACGUCGUCGCGAGGGAAGAAAUGGGCUUGUGCGUCUCGCGCUCCCAGGCGUCGGCAGCGGGCUCAUCUGGGCGAAGAGCGGCCACGGCGAAGGUGGUCGGCCUGGACGGCUCCAUGACGCAGUACGCGGCGCCAGUCACGGCGCGCGAGGCCCUGGGGAACGCUGAGCGCAACGGAAACGAGUCGCUCUUCCUGUGCAGCUCCGACGAGCUCCGCUUGGACGCGCCCCCGCGCGCGCUGCCGGACGAGGAGAACCUGCAGCCAGGAUGGCUCUACUUCGUGCUCCCUCUGUCCAUGCUCCCCCUGGCGCUCUCUGGGCAGGAGAUGGCGGCCCUCGCCCUCAGGGCCAGCUCCGCGCUCGCAAUCGUCAGCGGCGUCGCGUCCCCUCCGAGGCGCAAGAACGCGGCUGGCACCAAGCGCAAGCAACGAAAAAUGGCUCGAGUGGCGCCACUCGUCUCCCCCGGCGAGCAGGCCGAACUAGCAGACCGUGAAUGGAGUGAGCACGCGUACAGCAAAUAUGGUGGCGCUGGCAAGACAGUGCGCGGCGGCGGUGCUCAGCCAGCUGGGAAGACGAGAAAGAGAUCGGGCUACAAAAGCCGCAGCGCUCGCCAUCGUCGUCGUGCGGCAGACGACGUGCCGAGGUUAAGCGCCAUUCUAGAAGAAGAUGACUUUUGAGCAGCCCCCUAGCAAAGUCAAUUUCAACGACUCGAUCAUUGCGAUUAUUUAGCUAGUUUAGAUACGUAGAGUUUAUUUAUUCAGUCGAUCGUUGGAUCCACCUUCAGAGGAGGAGAUCCGUGUAUAGUACCAUGUACAGCAUAUUUUGAUUCUUUGAUGUGCGUACAUCGAAUGUUUAAUCAAGGAAAAUGAAAGUGCAAUGGGAUGAGUUAAUGCGCC